AUGUCAAAUACGCAAUUUCAUCCCCUCAUCGAGAUUUGCCAAGAUCCCGAUGCGAUCAGUGAGGUGGCGCGCCAAAAAAUUAUACAAAUACUCCAGAAAGGUCGCCCAAUCACCAUCGCGCUUUCCGGUGGCUCCACACCCAAGAAGUUGUACCACACCCUCUGCAAGGACCUUUCUCUUAUACACAAUAACGUCACCUUCUUUCUAGGCGACGAACGUCUUUAUCCGGUUGAAAACGACCAAACCAACUAUCAUAUGGCCUUUCAGGCGCUUUUGCACAAGGUGCCGUCAAAUCAGGUGAUUGGCGUGGAUCCGACCGCGGCGAUUGCGACUUCGGAGGAUGAGCGAGGCGGCGUAGCCGGCGCCCUCGCCGCCGCCGAGGACUACGAAGCCAAGCUUCAUCAGCGCCUUCCCCUCACCCGAUGGGUGGAAAACGGCAACGACAUGACGAUGCCUGUGAUUGAUAUUGUUUUGCUAGGAUUCGGAUCGGACGGGCAUACCGCCUCGAUAUUUCCCGACUCCAUCGCGAGCAGAGAGACGGCGCGAACGGUGAGUAUCGCAUUUCCAAGCCCCUCGAUGCGGCCUAAGGUAUGGCGCGUGAGCAUCACCCCGCAUGUGAUCCAAAAUGCCCGUCAGGUUAUCGUGCUCGCCGCGGGGAAGGAUAAAAACUGGGUGAUAAAGGGUAUUUUAAGCGAGGAAUGCCCCUCCGAGGCCCCGGUCUCUCGCUUCUUGCGGGGCUGCAAAGGGGAGGUUUUGUUUGUGCUCGAUCGCGAAGCCGCAGCGGAUAUUUAA